AUGGCCCCCAUGGCCUUCCAGCUCGCACGAGCACAUGGUGGGAGCAUGUGCCAGCGACGGCUGAAGAACUCCAUGUUUCGAAGCCAUGGUGCUUUCUGCAGUGAGGUUGACAGAGCAGCAAACACAGGUGGGGAAAUGAAGCGGAAGUGCGUGGUCUCGAAUGAUUGCCCUCCAUGGAGAAAGUUCGACUGUGGCGAGCAGAAUGGCUUGUUGAGGCCGGUGAUGCCCAAGCGCCGCGUCUGGGCAGAGCACAUGGAGGUGCGCGCCAUCACCGGGAAGUUUGUGAAGGACCAAGCAGGAAAGGUUGCCAGGGACGAUCCGCGCAUCGGUCCUCAACACAGGCGACAAGCUUUUUGA